CGCCGUGGACUAAAAGGAUCGUCAAAGAGAUAACACGGAAUCACAAGGGGAGGGGGAGAGGGCGAGGAGGGAAAGAAAAAGGAGCGAGAAAGAGAAGCACAGAGAGAGAGAGAGAGAGAGAGAGAGAGAGAUCUGCUGAGCGUGAGCAGCAUCCUCUCCUCUCUUCCAUCCUGGCCUUUGCGCGAGGUAUACUAUCGAUGUGAAAGGCGUGUUUGUGUGCCUCGCGUGGGUCGGCGAGGGGAAAGGAAUCGCGAGGAGGAGGAGGAAGAGGAGGAGGAUAAGAGAGAGAGAGAGAAAGAGUGACAGGGAGGGAGGGAGGGAGAAGCGCAGGCUCUCUUUGGGGACCCUGUUCCCCUGUCCCCUUCCCCGGCUUCUCUCUUUCUGCGCCGGAGGGAGACUUGUUGAGAGCCGAGCGGGGAGCCAGCCCUAUGGAGGAGGACGACGACGUUAUGGACCACCUCGAGGACAUGGCGUCGUCAGUGAGGGACUUCGACCCCCUCACGGGCAACAUCCCGGCCACCAAAGUGGAAGUCACCGUCUCCUGCAGGAAUCUUCUGGAUAAAGAUACAUUCUCUAAAUCUGAUCCAUUGUGCGUGCUGUAUACUCAAGGCGUAGAGACGAAGCAGUGGAGAGAGUUUGGCAGAACUGAAGUGAUUGACAACACCUUGAAUCCAGACUUUGUGCGCAAGUUCAUCCUUGAUUACUUUUUCGAAGAGAAGCAGAAUUUGCGUUUUGAUCUUUACGAUGUGGACUCCAAGAGCCCUGACCUGUCAAAACAUGAUUUUCUUGGUCAGACAUUCUGCACACUGGGUGAGAUUGUUGGGUCACCGGGAAGUCGCCUGGAGAAGCCUUUGAUGAUGGGAGCAUUUACAUUACAUUCAAAAACUGGGAAGCCCAUGCCAUCUGUCUCCAAUGGAGGGAUUCCAGGGAAGAAGUGUGGCACCAUAGUUCUGUCUGCUGAGGAACUGGGAAACUGCAGAGAUGUGGCCACCAUGCAGUUCUGUGCCAACAAGCUGGAUAAGAAAGAUUUCUUUGGAAAAUCCGACCCUUUCAUGGUGUUUUACAGAAGCAAUGAGGAUGGGACAUUUACCAUCUGUCACAAAACAGAAGUGGUGAAGAACACUUUGAAUCCUGUAUGGCAGUCUUUUGCCAUCCCUGUGAGAGCCCUGUGCAAUGGAGACUAUGACAGAACCAUAAAGGUGGAGGUGUAUGACUGGGACCGAGAUGGCAGCCAUGACUUCAUUGGAGAGUUUACAACCAGCUAUCGGGAACUGGCACGAGGGCAAAGUCAAUUUAACGUCUAUGAGGUAGUUAAUCCCAAGAAGAAGAUGAAGAAAAAGAAGUAUAUUAAUUCUGGAACAGUGACCUUGCUCUCAUUUGCAACAGAAUCAGAGCACACAUUUCUAGACUACAUCAAGGGAGGGACGCAGAUCAAUUUCACUGUGGCCAUUGACUUCACAGCUUCUAAUGGCAACCCCUCUCAGUCAACUUCACUUCACUACAUGAAUCCUUAUCAGCUCAAUGCAUAUGCUAUGGCACUGAAGGCUGUGGGCGAGAUUAUCCAGGACUAUGACAGUGACAAAAUGUUCCCAGCACUUGGGUUUGGAGCCAAGAUCCCACCUGAUGGCCGUGUCUCCCAUGAGUUCCCCUUGAAUGGCAACUCUGACAAUCCUCAUUGUAGUGGCAUAGAAGGAAUCCUUGAAGCCUACCACCAGAGCCUCAAGACAGUGCAGCUUUAUGGUCCAACGAACUUUGCGCCGGUAGUUAACCAUGUUGCGAGAUAUGCUGCAGCUGUGCAGGAUGGCUCCCAAUACUUUGUUUUGCUCAUCAUCACCGAUGGUGUGAUUUCAGAUAUGGCCCAGACAAAGGAAGCAAUUGUCAACGCUGCCAAGCUUCCAAUGUCCAUAAUCAUUGUGGGAGUUGGCCAGGCUGAAUUUGAUGCUAUGGUGGAGUUGGAUGGGGAUGAUAUUCGAAUUUCAUCUCGUGGGAAGAUUGCUGAACGUGACAUUGUUCAGUUUGUUCCAUUUCGAGAUUACAUUGACCGUACAGGGAACCACGUUCUGAGCAUGGCCCGGCUGGCUAAGGACGUCCUGGCGGAGAUCCCAGAUCAGUUCAUCUCCUACAUGAAGGGACGCGGCAUCAAACCCAGCCCAGCACCCCCUCCAUACACCCCUACAGGACACACCCUUCAGACAGAGAUUUGAAGAUCAGGAGAGGCAGAAAAAAGAGCACAGCAGACAGGUGCCAACAAAACACUAGUCACACUCUUGUGUCGCUCAUCAAUUCCCUGGGGGCAGACCUCAAGGCAGAGGCCACAACACAACAUGAAAAGCCACAAUCUACUCUUUUCAUCUCAAAAAGCCCAAAAGCAGGAACUGGUCUGUUCUGUAUUUUUGGCAAAGUAGUAUGCAUAAUUGGUAAAGAUACCCCAGCCUUGAGAUGCAGCAAUUUGGGGGAAAUGUGUUUUGUCUUUUUUAUACAUGAAAACCCCAAUCAUUGGCAAACUUCCUUGUACUUGGGAAGGUUAUGGAGGUGGCAGGAAUCCUGUCUCUCGUGUGUUUUGCUUUAUGGUGUGUGUGAUGGAACAACUACUUCCCCAAUCUCCAAGCAUCUCUCCAUUUUUCCUAACCCCACAUCGGUUUCUGAAUGACUUGUUUUUUUAUAGUCCACCUGCUGCCCUUCGUCUUCUUGCUUUGUAAUGGCUCAGCUUAUGGAUUGACCUGGCAGGCUGAAUAUUGUGAUCAAGUGUCUGUGUGAUUGUCAUCUCUUAAGCUACUAGUGUUAUUGCUGUUCUUUGUUCUGCAUCCUGUCCCUUGGUUGUUAAAAUCCCCUUUAAUACUUUGUAAAUCUACUUUGGCAAAUAUUCAUGCAGACCUGAACCGUUUGUCCUUUGGUUUGUUUCUGUGCCUCUGUUAUGUUCCCUUUCAUUUUUAUAAAGCCCUGGUUUUCAGCAAACAAUCAUUUUUAGAGUUUGAGAUUUUGUAUGUUCUGUAUAUGACAUUCUGAAUAAGAGAGAUGAAAAUUAAAACUGGGCCAGAUUUUUGACGUUAUUGCAGUUCUGACCCUCAAGUUAGUAGCAUUACAUCAAUAGCCAGCCUUCUCAGGCAGCAGAGGCUUGAGGUUUAGGCUUUAAAUAUGUGUUUACAGAGGGAUGAGGAAAGUUGCUUCCCAUGUGAUCCAUGGUUGUAGUUCUUUCCACAUUCUGGUGUUGCACUUUACUGGGUCCUUGCAACAUAUGAAUCUUUUGUAAGAUACAGAGCUGCUGCGUAAAAACUCCAGCUGGCCUGGAUCACACAACAUGCAUAUAGUGCUAAGGGGGAGAGAGGUGAGAAACCUGUUGUCCUCCAGAUGCUUUUGGACUUCAGGCUCUCUGUUCUUGCUUUGGAGAAGUCAGGAACAGAGUCUCAGCAAGUUCCCAAGCAGUUACUUCAUUUUUCUGGGAAGCCCUUAUAUUGUUUUUUUGUUUCAGUAAUACAACCGUCCUCUUCCAUUGACUCAGGGUGGCUUACACUUUACAAAUUCUUAGUCAAGCAUAUCAUCCAGUCCCUUGUUAACACCAAAUGUUCCAACAAGUGGCCUUUUCCACAUGUGCUUCACUUGUAGAUUGCCUCACUGAUACUGCUGGCAAAGAAGCUUUUUCCUUAUUGUUUUAACAUCCUUUUUCUCCUCAUCCAUAGUCUCCAGUUUUCCAGGACCACCUCCUUUCCUUCAUCAUUUCCCCCAUAUCACUACCAACACAUAUCCAUCUCUUCCCAUAACAGCACUGACUGCCCCAAAACAAUGAGGGAUUGCUAUCUCCAAAUGAUGUUACUUAAGUAGAUUCAAAACCUCUAGAUCAAACUCUUAGAGGAAAACUGGAAGUGAAAUCAAUAUGAAAUUAUGACCACUGAGUUCCUAACUGCUCUAGGAUUAAUGGUCAUAGUUGGAAAAGCUUCUGAGAGUCCAAAGAUGUUGUUAUGCAGGUCCACAAAAAUAUUCUCCAGCUUCCCUUUUUCAAGUUUGUCUCAAGUAUUGACCAUAUAUUUGACCUAUCUUUCACAAGACAUCUCCAAUGUUUGUAAAUAACUUUGUUUUAAUCUACUGAAAUUUAAAUCUCAACCCAUUAAAAUCCCUGUUCAAAAAACCGUGCUAUCUUCCCAUGUCACUUGCUCUCAAGAUACUGCAGGGAAGCUGAUAAUCUGGACAAAAUUCCAUCCCAGAGAAGCUGGCCUGAAUCCUUCAGAUCUCUUAGGCAAAAAAACUUGUUUCAUGUCAUUGGAGCACAGUUUGUGAAGGAGGUCCAAGAGAGCAAGAGCUGCCAACUGGGUACAAUGGAACCAUCUCAGUUUACCCUCCACCAAGACAUUAAUUUGAGUUGGAGGGGGAUAAACUCUACCUGCCAUUUUCUGGUAACAAUCCUACCUGCUGGUGGAAGUUCUUGCACAAAGAAGUACUGGAUACCUCAUUUCACUAUGCCAAAAAAGUGGUUACACUAUGACCCCUAUUCUAUGAUAGCAUAAGUUAAGAGGAUCCUAACAUAUAUUGGGAGUUAAGGUUGGCCAUGCUAUCUGGGGAAUUCUGGGUACUUCCAGAUGAGGAGUUCCUAAUGCUAUUGAACAAACUGUCUGGAUCUCCCCAUAAAAUGUGGCCUUAGUUAUUAUUGGAUAAAACUCUUGUCUGGAAGCAGGCCCCAAUUUCUCUCCCCUCUCAGAUUUGAAUUUUCUGAUGAUGUGGAAAGAACUGUAACUCAACAUUCUCAUUUUUUGUAUGAAAUUCUCUCCCAUGCUGAAUAGCCAGUUCAGAAGAAAUCCAGAAUUAGGUAUGAUAAAUGGAAGAUUUUCUAGUGAGUUAGCUUUGGUAUGUGGAUUCUUCUUUAAAAGAGCAAUCUCCACACAUAUAAGGUCUUCCAAGCUCCAGAAAAAGAGAAGUGCUGAAAACAUCACUUCUCUGCCUUCUUUCUUUGUUUUAACAGUAUUGAGUCAUACUACACCUCCCACCUACCACUUAUAACCAAAGUCAACUUUGAUGGUACCUGGUGGUUUCCAUGUCAAGGAGUGUGGAAUCCACUCUGGUUUUAGACCAAACUUUAAAAGAGCUAAGCACAGUAUUAAAGCCUAUCUCCAAGGGGUUCAGCUCCUUGAAUAGCUCUUUUACAAUUAGGAUGAAACAUGAAGUAGAUUCACCACUCGGGUAACAGGAGAACCACCAGCCACCAUGGUCAAUGUAGAAGAGUCAGUUUAACAUGAAUGUCCAGCUCUGAAGGAGCAGAGAUACUACUGAACAGUAUUUGCCCAUGGUAUUUGUGUUCCCUCUCUCUGUCCAGGGUUACAUAAUGGCAAGUACAACUGAGGAGUGUGUGCCACAUCUGUACAAAUGGAUGUGUUGAAUGACACGUGGCAAAGCAGUCCUCUUCCCAGUUGUAAGAGCAGAGGAGUGAAGUGGCAUAGCUUGUAUGGAUUUGUGCCCUGGAGUUUAUAGAGGCAGUGUGUAAGUGAAACAUUCCAGGAAUAAAGAUGUAUAGUGUGUGUAUAAGAUCAGAUACAGAGUCUGAUACACCUGAAAAGUCAUAGGUCCAGAAAAUCACGCUCAGGUGGCAUAGGUAUUCUCCAGACAACCUCAUUGGAAAGUAUGGUGAAAUCCUGUUCUGUGUAUUGUCUACUCCCCACAUCAACACUUUCCUCUAACUUUUGAUGAUUCUUACCCCCAUCUCGCAUGUUUUCACUUUAUCCUCAUUGCCCUCCCACUUCACAACUAUUUUUAUUUGCAUGGCUAUUUAUAUCUUUUAUGCUACUGUAUUCUACGUUGAACGUCUGUUGUAAUAUGGUUUCUAUUGGAUUGCCUUAAACUGAAAUAAAUGAUUCCUUUUAUUAAAAACA